AUGACACAGAGAUGCAGCCUCGCCGUCCCCUACAGAGCACCUGUCCUUGCUAUUUCCUUCUUGGCAUGUGUGGCCACAGGUUUGGAACUGUCUGUAAAUAACCACGCUGCUGACUUCACCCUGUCUGCAGAGCUUGGCCCUGCCAUCUCUCUCUCAUGCCUCGUACACAACAGCAGCCAGGCUGAGGAGCUGCUCUGGUACCGUGGAGAUGGACAAGUGCGUCUGAAAGAUGGGAAUAAAGUGAACAUCAGCAAUAUCUGCAUAUCCCCAGUCAACGAGUCUGACAAUGGAGUCACCUUCACGUGCAAGCUGGCACGGGACAAGUCUGUGCAGGUGUCUGUGAUACUGGAUGUCCAGUUUCCUCCCAAACUGAGUGGAGAGGAGACCCUCCAUGUGGAAGAAGAAAAAGAUGUUACUCUGACCUGCAACUCCAAAUCCAACCCUCAAGCCCAAAGCACCUGGUUGAAGGACAACCACAACUUGACCCUGCAGCAAAGUCGUCACGAGGUGUACCAGACCAGUGAGAUCUUCCGGCUCUCCAUCAAAAAAGUGCAGAAGUCUGACAAUGGGACCUACACCUGUGUGGUGGAAUCACCCCUGGGUUAUGGGACAAGGGAUUUCCACCUCAUAGUUGAAGAUAAAAAACCUGUUUUUCCCACGGAGGCUGUUAUUGCUGCUGCAGUGGUGAUUUCACUCACAAUACUUUUUGGAAUUGUGGCUCGAAAAGAUACAAUUUUUAAGUGCUUCAAGAAACCAAGAGAAAUCGCUCUGUAA